GUUUGUGAAAACAAUGUAGAAGUGCUAGAGAGAGAGAGAGAGAGAGAGAGAACACGGCCGCGCUGUCAGACCUGAGCGAAGCUUCGGAUCAAAAUCGGCACCUGUUUCUGGUUAUCCGGAAACCAAACGCAGUCUGAUUCAUCUUUAUUGUCAAUAACUCGCAUCAUCUCAUCUUCAUCCUCAUCUGUUCCGCAUCUGGUCCUGUCCUGUCAUUUCAGCGAUGCGAAGGCGGAAUAAUUCGCCCUCUGAUGAGCACCAGCGCUCCGUUACAGACACGCUGUUGAAAGACAAGGGAGAAGGUGACACGGAGACCGAGAAAGACAUGGGGCGAAAAUGCAGAAGGGGUGGUUUGAUGUGGAGGUUGAGGAGGAUCUUCUUCUGGGUUUUGGGGAUCUACGUGGCUAUUCCAUUCAUCGUCAAGCUCUGUCCUUCCAUCCAGGCCAAGCUGGUCUUUUUAAACUUUGUGAGGGUGCCGUAUUUUAUCGAUCUCAAGAAGCCGCUCGAUCAGGGCCUGAACCACACACGCAACUUCUACCUUCAGCCAGAGGAAGGCGUCAAUAUCGGAGUGUGGCACACAGUACCAGCACUGCUCUGGAAGGAGGCGCAGGAAAAAGAAGGAAGCUGGUACGAGAGCCAACUCCAGUCCACUCAUCCUGUAAUGCUCUAUUUGCACGGCAAUGCAGGGACCAGGGGAGGAGACCACAGAGUGCAGCUCUAUAAGGUCCUUAGUUCAUUAGGCUACCAUGUAGUCACAUUCGAUUAUAGAGGAUGGGGGGAUUCAGAGGGCAGCCCUUCUGAGAGAGGGAUGACGCAGGACGCACUCUUCCUCUACCAGUGGCUGAAACAGAGGAUCGGCAACAAUCCGCUCUACAUCUGGGGCCACUCUCUGGGAACCGGAGUGGCUACUAACUUAGCCAGGCGUCUGUGUGACAGAGGUACGCCACCUGACGCUGUUAUCCUGGAGUCUCCUUUUACCAACAUCAGAGAGGAGGCGAAGAGCCAUCCCUUCUCCAUGGUUUACAGGUAUCUUCCAGGCUUCGACUGGUUCUUUUUGGACUCCAUCACUGCCAACGACAUCCGAUUUCACAGCGAUGAGAAUGUAAAUCAUUUAUCCUGUCCACUCCUGAUUCUACAUGCUGAAGACGAUCCUGUCGUCCCCUUCCACUUAGGAAACAAGCUGUACAACAUCGCAUCUCAGUCUAAGAGCCUGACUGGACAUAAGUUGCAGUUUAUUUCCUUCCCCAGCACUCAUGGCUACAGGCACAAGUUUAUCUACCGCAGCCCCCAGCUGCCUCACAUACUCAGUGAUUUUCUCAGCACGACUCAUUCACACGUAUAGUUGCAAGCUCUACCAGAUCGCCCUCUCUUCCCCUCUUUCUCAUACACACAUCCUUCUGUGUCUGCACUCUACAUGUACACACACACAUGCACACACAUACCCAUGCAUCAUACACAUUUUACCUCUGCAUUCAAUACUUCAUUAAUCGACCUGAAGAACAGCGAACAGCAGGUGAGAGGAAGAGAAGAAGAGAGGAAAGGCUGCUUGAGCACAACGUAUGCAAAGAGAUAUGCAAACCUGCACUGAACAGAAACCGUGUGUUUGUGAGACACACACACACACACACACACACACACACACACAGUAGUGUAAAUGAUCAUGUAAUGGAUGUGAUGACGAUAUCAUUCCCCUCUGCGGAAGCUGCUACACUACUCACAUCAUCACAUGUAGAGUCUCCUGGACCUUUUAUCUAUUUGGUGUUAACGAUUAUCAAGUCAAGUUUAAAGCAAAGUAAACAGUUGGUUAGUAUUAAAGAAAAAAAUCACUAUGAUACAUAUAGAUAUUUUUUAUCAAUUAGAAAUAUUUAUUUAUUAAUAAAUAUAAGAAAAAGAAUAUUUUUUAAAAAAGUCAACUUAUUCUGUUUUAGAUGACAAUCUUGAAAUUGGCAAAACUCAUCUUUGACUUUUGUUUUAGUUUAAACGUGAGUGACAUAUUUCUCUGAUUAUAUCGAUUUUUAUGUAAAUAUAUUCUAUGAUAAUCUACCGUAACACAUUCCAAAAACUUGAAUAUUUAAUAAUAUCUCAUUUCUAAAAACGAGAUUAUUUCAACUCUUAUAAUUAACAUGCAAAUACAUAAAAGUUGUUUUCCAGCAAAUGGAGAUUUACUGGACAGAAUAACAAUAAUAAUAAUCUUCAUCAAUAUCCAAGCCAAUAAUAAUUAUAUUUACCAAAAUAUCAUUAAUGUAUCUAUAUGCAGUAUAUGUAUGAAUCUAUUGGGUCAGUUAUUGGGAGGUGUUUAAUUCCACGUCCUCUGAAAUCACAAAGUAUAAAAGUGGUAAUACAUGGGGUAAUAUUUAUUUAUGAGUAAUCACAUGGUUUAAAAUUAGCACUAUACGGAUACAGUAUAUAACAGUUACACUAUAUAUAUAUAUAUAGUGUAAAAUUUAUCUUAAAAACGAGCUUCCUACGUACAAGGGGCGUUCAAGUAUAACUGGGACUUGUAAUGACAUUUCUGGUUAAUGAAUGUGUAAAAGCGAUAGACUUUUAAAGAAGACUUCAAGCACUGUACGGUGAUGAGACUCUUGGUCGCAGUAAAACAUUUAAACGAUAAAAAAAAAAA